AUGGCUCUCUCUUUGCUCACGUUCCAACUCGAAGGCACGGGGUGCGAUACUUUUGACGAAAACAUCGAGACCGUUCUCAAACUCAGGGAAGACAUCUACUUUGCCCGCACCGCCUGCGAUGCAAACUACAGCAUGUGGUCAUUAACACUCGAUGCGUUAAUCUGCGAAGUACGUGGUGACACAAAGUCUGCUACGCUGAAUCUCGAAGCCGCUAUCGACCACUGCCAAAUCCACGGAUGGUCGCUUGAGGAAGCUCUUGUUCUAGAGCUGCAAGCUGAAUUAUGGAUGCGACAUGGUUUCCGAAGAACGGCACGUUCUCUGAUGCAAGACGCCAUUGCUGCGUGGUCGGCAAUCAGCGCCACUGGCAAAGCGGCGUAA